AAGCUGAAGCUACCUUUCUCUGCAACAAACAACAAACCCCAUCACGCAUACCACAAAACACUACUCUUUCUAUCUUUCAUUCCUUCAAUCCCAUUCCCACCUUCCAUUUUUCACUUCCCUCCACGCCGUAACUCUCUCUCUCUCUCUCUCUCUGCUUCACAAUUCACACAACAAACUUUUUAUUAUUGUUGUUUGAUUCAGAUUUCAAUCCACAGUAGCCAUGGCUGAAGAAGGAGAUAAUGGGUCCCCAAAAUCUUCAUCAUUGACCCCGUAUGAAGAAGCAUUGGAUGCCUUGUCAUCUUUGAUUACUAGACGCACUCGUGUUGGUGAUGUCAAUAUGGAGGAACGAUUCAACGUGCUAUUUGAGUACCUCAAGAUGCUUGAUUUGGAGGAGGCCAUUUCGAAUAUGAAGAUUAUCCAUGUUGCUGGUACCAAAGGGAAGGGAUCUACAUGCACCUUCACAGAAUCUAUAUUACACAACUGUGGUUUUCACACUGGGCUUUUCACUUCUCCUCACCUAAUUGAUAUCAGAGAAAGGUUUCGUUUAGAUGGUGUGGAAAUCUGUGAAGAGAAAUUUUUAGCAUAUUUCUGGUGGUGUUAUGAUAGACUAAAGGAAAAAACUGAUGACAAUGUUCCAAUGCCUACCUUUUUUCACUUCCUUGCGUUACUUGCCUUCAAGAUAUUUUCAGCAGAGCAGGUAGAUGUUUCUAUAAUGGAGGUUGGAUUAGGUGGCAAAUUUGAUGCAACAAAUGUGGUGCAAGCACCUACUGUGUGUGGUAUAACUUCCCUUGGGUAUGACCACAUGGAGAUUCUUGGUAAUACUCUUGGAGAAAUUGCUGGUGAGAAGGCUGGUAUCUUCAAGCACCGGAUUCCAGCAUUCACGGUGCCUCAACCUGAUGAAGCAAUGCAUGUACUCAAAGAGAAGGCUUCUCAGUUACAUGUACCUCUUCAAGUGGCAAUCCCAUUAGAUGCCAAAUUGCUAAAUGGUUCAAGACUAGGGCUUGAAGGUGAGCACCAAUAUACAAAUGCUGGUCUUGCUGUUGCAUUAUGCUCUACAUGGCUAAAGAUGACUGGGCAUCUUGAAGACACUCAUUUGAAACAGCCACAACACACUUUGCCAGAGCAAUUCAUAAAAGGGUUAGCAACUGCGAGUCUGCAAGGAAGGGCUCAGAUUGUUCCUGAUCAACUCAUCAACAAUGAAAUCUCAAAUAAACUUGUUUUCUUUUUAGAUGGGGCUCAUAGUCCUGAAAGCAUGGAAGCAUGUGCAAAGUGGUUUUCUCUUGCUAUUAAAGACCAGGACUUGUUCCAUCAGAAACCUGAUAAUUCUAAGUUCUUGGACAAAGUAGUAAAGAUGCACCAAGGUGAAAGAGCGCAGAAAAAAUCCACACAGAUUUUGCUGUUCAAUUGCAUGUCUGUGCGAGAUCCUCAGUUGCUUCUUCCUCACUUGAUGAAAACAUGUGCUGAUCAUGGUGUCUACUUCCAGAAAGCUCUCUUUGUACCUGGUUUAUCAGUGUAUUACAAAGUUGGAUCCCAUGCUUUAACGCCAACUGAUUCUAACAUUGACCUGUCGUGGCAGUUCACUCUACAAAGAGAGUGGGAAAAUCUCAUGCAGGGGAACAAAGGCAAGAGUAUCAAUGCUGCUUCUGAAGAAUUAAAAGAUGAUAUGGAAAUGAGUACCAGUAAUUGUGAGCACAGUGCAGUUUUUUCCUCAUUGCCUCUGGUUAUCAAAUGGCUUAGGGACAGAGUGCAACAAAAUCAUUCAACUCGUUUUCAGGUCCUCGUAACUGGUUCUUUACAUCUUGUUGGUGAUGUGUUGAAAUUAAUCAAGAAGUGAUACGUUGGACUAAUUUGAAAGAUUCAUUUCCAUUCUGAUUUAUGAAGUAAUGAAGUGUCAUUACUAUUCUUGACUUUAUCCCACGGGAUAUCUAUGUCAUUCACAGUCCAUCAAAGUGCUAUUAUGACACUUGGUUCGGAAAAUGGUAACAGAAUGUUGUCAGCAUAACAUCCUUAGAUUUGGACAUUUGAUACAUACGGUCCAUUGGUUUACUUCAGCUUCAGUCUGGUGACUUUCUUCUUCAUGGGUCUUUCAAUUUUCAUUUGAUUGUAGUUGAAAAAGAAAAGGGUGGAUUAUGGGAGAUGAAUAAAGGAUAAUCCACUUAGGUGGGGUUUAUAACACAGGA